UUGUAUUAAUGUUAAUUAUUUUAUCAAAUCUAUUAUUUGUUACCGAUGGCGAGUCCAUACAUGAUGAUGCCUUAAAUGAAGUUGGUAAACCUAAUAGUAGUAGUAGUAGUAGUGGUAAGCGUCCUAUAAGUAAAGGAGGUGCUGGUAAUGGCGGUAAAAGUCCUGAAGGAAAAGGUUCUGGUGCUGGCGGUAAAGGUCCGGGAGGUAAAGGUGCUGGUGGUCAAGGUCCAGGUGCUGGCGGUAAAGGUCCAGGUGCUAGUAGUAGGGGUCGUUAUAAUCCUAAUGGUGUUCCGGGUAGUAUAGAUGGUCCAAGUCCUGGAUUUGGUGGUUUUAGUGGCAAACAAAAAAUUAAUAGGAAAACAUCGUCAGCUAAUAAUGGAUUUAAAAAAUUAUUCGCUAACAAUGAUAAAGAUAGAAUACAAUCAAAAUGCAGAAUACAAUAUAAAAAUUGUUUAGAAAUAUAUUGUAAUAUAAAAUAUUGCGAUGAAUUUUAUUCAAAAAAAUGUAUUACUGGUAGCAAUUGGUAUCCAUUUGAUAAUCAUAGUACAGAACGAGAUAUUUGUCGUAAAUUUUUCAAUUAUAGUUAUACACAGAGAUAUCAAAUGAUAAAUAGACGGCCACCGUAUAUCAAAGGUAGUGCUAAGGGUAAGGGUAAAGGUAGGGGUAGAGGUGGCGGUAAUACUGGUGGUAGUAAAGGUGUCGGUAAGGGUGGCGGUAAAGAUGGCGGUAAAGCUGGUGGUAGUAAAGGUGUCGGUAGGGGUGGCGGUAAUACUGGUGGUAGUAAAGGUGUCGGUAAGGGUGGCGGUAAAGAUGGCGGUAAAGCUGGUGGUAGUAAAGGUGUCGGUAGGGGUGGCGGUAGUAAAGGUGUCGGUAAUACUGGUGGUAGUAAAGGUGUCGGUAAGGGUGGCGGUAAAGCUGGUGGUAAUAAAGGUGUCGGUAAAGUGGGCGGUAAAGGUAACGGUAAGAGUUUGGGAGGUAAACCAGGUAGUAAACCAGAAAAUAAACAACUAAAAAGCCCACAAAAUAAAGUUAAUGGUAGACCAGGUGGUGGUGGUAGACCAUCAGUGGGUAAAUUUGAUGGUAAACCUGGUAACUGUAGAAUACCCGAAAAAAAUGAUAGAAUGGAAACAAUGUAUAGAUUUGCGCUAACAAAAAGUCAUAAUUACUAUAAAAAAGUUAUAGACAGAAUCUGUUAUAGUAUUGGUAGACGUUGUACUAGAGGCUGGUGUAAUGGCCAGUAUUGUCAACAAUUUUAUUACGAUUGUCUCAAUGGUCAGGGUUGGUAUCCGUUUGUAAAUCCACAACAAAAUAAUAAAUGUAAAAACAUGGGUUAA